UCAAUUUAGUUGAUGAGGUUGCUCUUAUUGCCUUGAAAGCCCAUAUCACAUAUGAUUCCCAAGGCAUUUUGGCAACAAAUUGGUCUACCAAAAGCUCCUAUUGUAGUUGGUAUGGUAUUUCUUGCAACGCUCCUCAACAAAGAGUUUCUGCAAUCAAUCUCUCUAACAUGGGUCUCCAAGGAACUAUUGUGCCACAAGUCGGCAACCUCUCUUUUCUUGUUUCCCUUGAUCUCAGUAAUAACUACUUCCAUGCGUCUCUUCCCAAGGAUAUUGGUAAGUGCAAAGAGCUUCAACAACUGAAUUUAUUUAAUAAUAAAUUGGUUGGAAGCAUUCCAGAAGCCAUUUGUAAUUUAUCAAAACUUGAAGAGCUAUAUCUUGGCAAUAAUCAGUUGAUCGGUGAAAUUCCAAAGACGUUCAGUCAUCUUCGUAAUCUGAAGAUAUUGUCAUUGCGAAUGAACAACUUAACAGGUUCCAUACCUGCCACCAUUUUCAACAUAUCUUCUUUGCUCAAGAUUAGUCUCUCCUACAAUAGCCUCUCUGGAAGUCUUCCCAUGGAUAUGUGCAACACUAAUCCAAAGCUCAAGGAGCUUAAUCUUACGUCAAAUCACUUGAGUGGAAAGAUCCCCACCGGUUUAGGCCAAUGUACAAAGCUUCAAGGAAUUUCCUUAUCAUAUAAUGAAUUCACAGGGAGCAUACCAAGAGCAAUUGGUAAUUUGGUGGAGCUUCAGAGAUUGUCUCUCCGCAAUAACAGCUUGACAGGAGAAAUACCUCAAUCACUGUUCAACAUCUCUUCAUUGAGGUUUUUGCGUCUGGGAGAAAAUAACCUAGUAGGUAUCCUCCCUACAGGCAUGGGUUAUGAUCUUCCCAAGCUUGAAAUCAUUGAUCUCUCAACCAAUCAAUUCAAAGGUGAAAUCCCCUCCAGCUUGUCGCAUUGUCGACAGCUCCGAGGGCUAUCAUUAUCACUCAAUCAGUUCACCGGAGGCAUACCACAAGCCAUAGGGAGCUUAUCGAAUCUUGAAGAAGUAUAUCUUGCUUAUAACAAUUUGGCAGGUGGAAUUCCUAGAGAGAUUGGGAAUCUUUCAAAUUUAAAUAGUUUGCAGCUUGGGUCUAGUGGAAUAAGUGGCCCUAUUCCUCCUGAAAUUUUCAAUAUCUCUUCUUUGCAAAUGAUUGAUUUGACUGAUAAUAGCCUUCAUGGGAGUCUUCCAAUGGAUAUCUGCAAACAUCUUCAUAAUCUUCAAGGGCUUUAUCUUUCUUUCAAUCAGCUCAGUGGUCAACUUCCUACAACUCUCUCCUUAUGUGGACAAUUGCUGUCACUGUCUUUAUGGGGGAAUAGGUUCACAGGUAACAUUCCACAUUCAUUUGGUAAUUUAACCGUCUUACAGGAUCUUGAAUUGGGGGAAAACAAUAUUCAAGGUAACAUCCCCAAUGAGUUGGGGAAUCUCAUCAACUUACAGAAUUUGAAACUUAGCGUAAACAAUCUAACAGGGAUAAUACCAGAAGCUAUUUUUAACAUCUCAAAACUGCAGACCCUUUCGUUGGCACAAAAUCACUUUUCAGGCAGUCUCCCAUCAAGUAUUGGCACUCAGCUCCCCGAUCUUGAAGGGCUUGCUAUAGGAGGCAAUGAAUUCAGUGGAAUAAUUCCAAUGUCUAUUUCAAAUAUGUCAGAACUUACGGUGCUGGACAUAUGGGACAAUUUCUUCACUGGUGAUGUGCCAAAAGAUCUAGGUAGCUUGAGAAGGCUUGAAUUUCUCAACCUUGGAUUCAAUCAAUUGACCGAUGAACACUCUGCCUCUGAGGUUGGUUUUCUUACUUCUCUGACAAAUUGUAAAUUUUUGAGAAGAUUGUGGAUAGAAGAUAAUCCUUUAAAAGGUAUUCUUCCAAAUUCAUUAGGGAAUCUUUCCAUUUCUCUUGAAAGUUUUGAUGCAUCAGCCUGCCAAUUCAAAGGAGCCAUCCCCACAGGAAUUGGUAAUUUGAUCAACUUGAUUGAUUUGAGACUCAAUGAUAAUGACUUGACAGGGUUGAUUCCAAUAUCAUUUGGACACCUACAGAAGCUGCAGUGGUUCGCUAUCUCUGGAAAUCGAAUACACGGAUCCAUUCCUAGUGUUCUGUGCCAUUUGACAAACUUGGGAUACUUGGAUUUGAGUUCAAAUAAACUUUUCGGAACAAUCCCAAGCUGCUUUGGGAAUCUUACUUCACUACGAAGCAUCGAUCUUCACUCCAAUGGACUAGCUUCUGAGAUACCUUCAUCUCUGUGGACCCUUAGAGAUCUCUUGGUUCUUAACUUGUCUUCAAACUUCCUCAACUGCCAACUACCCCUAGAAGUUGGAAACAUGAAGUCCUUACUGGUAUUGGACUUGUCAAAGAACCAAUUUUCAGGGAACAUCCCAAGCACCAUAUCACUUCUUCAAAACCUGCUCCAACUUUACCUAUCCCAUAACAAGCUACAAGGUCAUAUGCCCCCAAAUUUUGGUGCUUUGGUGAGCUUGGAAUACUUGGAUCUGUCUGGGAACAAUUUUUCUGGUACUAUUCCCACGUCAUUAGAGGCUCUGAAAUAUCUUAAAUACCUAAAUGUUUCCUUCAAUAAACUACAAGGAGAGAUUCCAAACAGAGGACCCUUUGCAAACUUCACUGCUGAAUCUUUCAUCUCCAACCUAGCACUUUGUGGAGCACCUCAGUUUCAAGUCAUGGCAUGUGAGAAAGAUACUAGAAGGAACACAAAAUCACUCCUCUUGAAAUGUAUUGUGCCACUAAGUGUAUCAUUAUCAACAAUGAUACUAGUGGUUCUCUUUAUUCUAUGGAAGCGAAGACAGACAGAGUCAGAAAGUCCGGUUCAAGUUGAUUUGUUGCUUCCCAGAAUGCAUAGAUUGAUUUCACAUCAAGAACUCCUUUAUGCAACCAGCUACUUUGGUGAAGAGAAUUUGAUUGGGAAAGGAAGCUUAGGCAUGGUAUAUAAAGGCGUAUUGUCCGAUGGGCUGAUUGUUGCUGUGAAGGUUUUCAAUUUGGAAUUGCAUGCAGCUUUCAAGAGUUUUGAGGUAGAAUGUGAAGUAAUGCGGAAUAUUCGCCAUCGAAAUCUUGCCAAGAUAAUCAGUAGUUGCUCGAACUUGGACUUCAAAGCCUUGGUGCUUGAGUAUAUGCCUAAAGAGAGCUUAGAGAAGUGGUUGUACUCUCACAACUACUGUUUGGAUUUUAUCCAAAGAUUAAAAAUUAUGAUAGAUGUGGCAUCAGGGCUAGAGUAUCUCCAUCAUGAUUAUUCAAAUCCUGUGGUUCACUGUGACUUAAAGCCCAGCAAUGUCUUGUUAGAUGAUGACAUGGUUGCACACAUAAGUGACUUUGGCAUUGCAAAACUGUUGAUGGGAAGUGAGUUUAUGAAGCGAACCAAAACCUUAGGCACCAUAGGCUACAUGGCACCAGAGUAUGGUUCAGAGGGAAUAGUAUCCACAAAAUGUGAUACAUAUAGUUAUGGGAUCAUAUUGAUGGAAAUUUUUGUGAGGAAGAAGCCUACAGAUGAAAUGUUCGUGGAGGAACUAACCUUGAAGAGUUGGGUGGAGUCAUCAGCCAACAACAUAAUGGAGGUUAUAGAUGCCAAUCUCUUGACAGAAGAAGAUGAAAGUUUUGCCUUAAAACAAGCUUGUUUUUCUUCCAUCAUGACAUUAGCUCUUGAUUGUACAAUUGAGCCUCCUGAGAAGAGGAUUAACAUGAAAGAUGUGGUAGCUAGACUCAAGAAGAUCCUAAAUCAAAUUGUUGAUGUAAGAACUCCAUAAGAAGAAGAAGGCAUGGAGAUUGUGUCCUCUUAUUCCACCCUGAGCUUGUUUAAGAGUUCACAAAUUAAGAAUUGAGGGACUAUUGGGCAUGGCUGCCAAGUAUUGAAAGUUAGUUAUUAUAUGAACUCUAUGCAAGUUAU